AUGGCCUGCCUCCUCAUCCUCAACAACGGUCACCGAACCGCCAAACGGAGUCAGCAUUUGAACCAAACUUCUCGAGCCUAUUGCUACAACAAACACAACCACGGACGGGAAUGGAGUCUCUCGGAUCCUUCUGAGAGAUUGCCGCUGGGCCACACGCCACCACCCUUCUACCCCGGUAAAGGAGUAUUUCCCAGUAAGCAUUCCGCACGCCACGAGACGCUUGGAUUCCAAUGUUCAUCAAACUGUCUCCUUCUUGCCUACCUUGACACGGAUGGUCUCUGCCCAAAGUUAUUAUUUUUUAUUUUUGCGCACUGCCCCACGUCGAUCACCAUCAUACCAGUGUUUGAAGCAAGCCACAGUGAGGUGGUGGUGAGCAGCAACAUGAACCAUUGUACUUGA